AUGCGUAUCCUCUUCCCGAACGAGCCGGUCUACGGCAACUACGAGGACUCGGGCGUCGCGACCAGUGCCGACGCACACUCGCUCGUGUUCGACGAACCGAUCACUCCGCCACCGAAGGGCACCGCCGGCGGGGCGGUGGUGGAAGGCACGCGCAAGGACACCGAUGGAACGAACCACGGAUCACCGCUCGGCGAGCUGGAGGCGCUGGCGAAGGCGCUUGUCCGGGCGCAGGGAUUGACGCGAUCUCCGGUGGAAAAGUCCGCUGCUAAAGAGCCCACCACAGCUCGUGGGGAAAGGGUGGUGGAGGAGGAAGAGGAUGAGGAGGGAGAGGGGGAGGUUCGGCUGCCGACGGUUGGUGACGGUGAGCAGCAGUCGCCAUCGAACAUGGCCCAUCCGCUGCACCACCUGCAUCACCACCAUCACCAUCACCAUCUGCCGCUGCACCAACAGCGCGCCUCGAGCCGGAUGUCCAACACCAGCACCAGCACCAUCAAGCAGCACUACUACCCGGAGGGUGGCUGGGGCUGGAUCGUCGUCCUGGUCGGCGUCCUCGUGCACAUCCUCACGCACGGACUGCAGACCUCGGUCGGUGUCCUGAUCCUGGCCGCCGCCCGCUGGUAUCGCGUCGAAACGAUCGUCCACACAGGUUGGCUUGGGGCGCUCUCGACAGCCGUUGCCCUGUUCAUCUCCCCCAUCACGAUUGCGGUGUGCAAGCGGAAGUCGACACGCCUCACCGCCGUCAUCGGAGGUCUGGUAACCGCCCUCGGCUGCCUGUUCACCUCGUUCGCGUCCCAGUUCCACCAGCUGUUCUUCAGCUAUGGUGCGGUCGUUGGUGUCGGCGUCGGGAUGACCCGCGACUGCUCCACACUGAUGGUGGCGCAGUACUUCAAGAAGCGGCGCGAGUUCGUCGAGAUCUUCAUCGUGUCGGGCAGCGGGCUCGGCAUCGCCGUCAUGUCCGCGUUCAUCAAGUCGGCCAUCGACGCCAUCGGCUGGCGGCUGGGGCUGCAGGCCGUCACCGGCACCGUCUUCAUCACGUUCAUCCUCGGCACCUGCUACCGGUCGGCUUCGCUCUACCAUCCGCAGCGGCGCGCCAUCCUGCACCUCAAGAACCAGAAGCGCAAGAUCAAGGACAAGAACAAGCACGACGACCGCCCGCCGUUCUUCGACUUCAGCACGCUGCGCAGUAAGACCGUGCGCAUCCUGCUCGCCUCCACCGGCAUCGGUGCGUUCGGGAUCAACACACCCAUCUUCUACCUGGCGCACGAGGUGCAGAAGGACGGCAUCGGCGACAAGGUGAUGAUCCUGCAGAUCUACCUCGGGCUCGCCUGGACGCUCGGCUGCACCGCGUUCGGGCUGCUGGUCGUGCGCAACAGCGUCGAGUGUCGGAUCGCACGCCAGUACCUCUGCCAGACGGCCAUCUUCAUGUGCGGCGUCUGCAUCCUGGCGCUCACCGCCGUCCACGGCAACUACCACGGCUACGUGAUGUUCGUCUGGAUCUACGGCAUCUUCUGCGGCGGCUACCACUACUCGCUGAAGAUGUACACCUACGAGAAGGUGCGGGCGCGCAACUUCGCCCGCGCCUGGGGUUUCGUCCAGUUUGCGCAGGCGAUCCCGAUCGCGCUCGGCGUGCCCAUCUCGGGCUAUAUGAACGAGACCGGCUCCGGUACCGCCGGCUACUACUUCAGCUCCGGCUGCGCCAUCGUCGGCAGCGUGCUGAUGUUUCUCAUCGACCUGCACCGGCGUUCCGUUUCGCGCCACAAGCACACCAGGGCGAACGGAACACGCCACCUGUGCGUGUCGGAGACGUGUCCGCAGCGUCGGAAGCUGUCGUUCUCGCAGGAGCCGGACAACGAGCCGGGCAUCAUCACGGGCAACACGGCGAUGAUGAUCGGUCCUGAACUGCUGAUACCGCCGCUGUCGGACGGCAUUGCGGAGCCGAUCAACGGGCUCGACAAGCCGGAGCUGACCUGCAUCUCGGAGGAGGGCAUCGCCGACAUGGACCUGCCCGACAACCUGCUCGACGAUCUGGACUACGUGGGCGACUGCAUCACCUCCUGCAACAAGGUGGAAAACUAUCUCAUGCUGAGCGAGUUCGAGAACAACCUCAGCGCCGAAGUUCCUAUCCUGCUCGACAAGCGGGGCCGCCGGCUGUCGCUGUCGAAGACGAAGGCCCUGCUCGGCGGUCAUCUCGGGGGCGGCCACACCCUGCUCACGGCCGCCGGUCCCCCGCAGCCCUACCAGCACCAUCCGGAGUGUCCGACCGUCGACAGCUCGUCGACGGCAGCGCUCGGUCUCCCCGCGCCCGCUUCCGGCGCCGACGCCAAAGGCACGGACCGGGACCAUCACCACUAUGGCCUCCACCAGCACCAGCACCACCACCAUUCCCACCAUUCGGCCAACGGCGACCUGUCGAAAGCGGUGGGACCACAUCCGGUCGCCCGGUCGGACUAUGCCGCCUCUCAUCAGAGCUCGGCUGCUGGUGGUGGUGGUGGUGGUGGAGGAGGAGGGCUAGGAGGGGGAGACCCGAUGGGUACGAAGCAGUCGCCGACCGCCCCCGUGGCCAGUGGCGGCAGCCCCAACACCCUCCAGCCGCAGCAGCACUGCAGACUGAACAGCAAAUGGCGCCCGAGCCAACAGGUCGGUUUUCUCAACAACCGCGUUAUAUCUGUGAUCGAUGAAGCCUCAGUUUAG